UUAACCACUUCCCGUCCGGUCCAUGUACAUAAACGGCUGGACAGGAGCAGUGCCAAAGUGGGUGACUGUUUAUAAACAGCCCCCGCAUUUACUGCCCGUGAGCGCUCCCUGUGAGCGCACGGCACCACAAUCCAGUGCCCACUGUAUCCUCAGGACACAGCGCAACACCAAUCACUGUACGGGACCUCUGUGUGAGGUCCCGAUCAUGUGAUCACUGAUUGGCCAAUCCGUGAUCACAUGAACAGUAGUAAGCAAGAUGUCAGUUGUGACAUCAUUGCUUACAACUAGUGAAAUCUGUGAAUGAUCAGAGAUUACAUGGUACAGGGCUAUUCACAACAGCCUUGUACCAUGUGACAAACUGUGACCAAUCACAGCUCACACAGU